UUGCAUUUUCAGAUGUUCUACUGGACUGUUCGAUUUUUAUUACUUUAUUUAUUUUUUUGUAUAGCCUAAAGUGUGGUUAUCUAGUUCUCUCUUAUCGUAUCUUUGUAUACUAAAGUAGGCUAUUGGAGGUGGUGAUACUGUACUGUAUUUCGAGUAUUAAGCUGCUUUAAAACCAUAGAAGAAGAAACUACUUCGGCCGAUGCGACGGUGUCAGUGGAGUAAUAGUCCCAUGUCAGUAGGUUGUUAGUUAGCUUCAAGGCUGACCCAAAAAUCCGCAGUAAGGUUUACAAUAUCGGAAAGAUAAUGUCCGACUUCGACGAGUUCGAAAAACAGCUGAGUGAAAACCGACAGGAGCGGGAGAAGGAGCGGCACAGGAAGCGCAGCCGCAGCGGGUCCCUGGCCCGCGGCGACAAGCACCGCAGCUGGAGCAAGGAUCGCGGCAGCCGCAGCCGCGAGAAGCGCAGCCGGAGCCGCGACCGCGACCGCAAGAGCCGCGACCGCAGGAGCAGCUCCCGCGACCACAAGAAGCACAGCUAUUCUCCGAGAAGAAUGCGAAAGAAAAGAACUUGCAAAUACUGGGACGUGCCUCCCCCAGGGUUUGAGCACAUCACUCCGAUGCAGUACAAGGCCAUGCAAGCUGCUGGGCAGAUCCCCACCAUAGCUCUGCUGGCUACCUCUACGACCAGCGGCAUGGCGGUCACGCCCACACAGGUGCCAAUGGUGGGCAGCCAGAUGACCCGGCAGGCCAGAAGACUCUACGUUGGCAAUAUUCCUUUUGGGGUGACUGAGGAGUCCAUGGCAGAUUUCUUUAAUGCCCAGAUGCGGCUGGCGGGUCUCUCCCAGGCCCCCAGCAACCCUGUUCUUGCCGUGCAGAUCAACCAGGACAAGAACUUUGCUUUCCUAGAGUUUCGGUCCGUGGAUGAGACCACGCAGGCGAUGGCCUUCGACGGGAUCAUCUUCCAGGGGCAGUCUUUAAAGAUCAGACGGCCGCACGACUACCGCCCCCUGCCCGGCAUCUCGGAGCAGCCCGCCUUUCACGUCCCAGGUGUGGUUUCCACAGUGGUCCCCGACUCCCCGCACAAACUUUUCAUCGGUGGACUGCCAAACUAUCUCAAUGACGAUCAGGUGAAGGAGCUCUUGACAUCGUUUGGACCGCUCAAAGCUUUCAACCUUGUGAAGGACAGUGCGACCUCAUUGUCCAAAGGUUACGCCUUUUGCGAAUAUGUAGAUAUCAGUGCGACUGACCAGGCUGUGGCAGGACUCAAUGGCAUGCAACUUGGGGACAAAAAACUGAUCGUUCAGAGGGCAAGCGUGGGAGCUAAAAAUGCUAAUCCUACGUCCAUCAUCGAGACCCCGGUGACGCUGCAGGUCCCGGGCCUGCAGGCGCUGCAGAAUUCGGGCAUGCCCACGGAGGUGCUCUGCCUCCUGAACAUGGUAAUGCCCGAGGAGCUGGUGGACGACGAGGACUAUGAGGAGAUCCUGGAGGACAUCCGCGAGGAGUGCUGCAAGUACGGGAACGUGCGCUCCAUCGAGAUCCCCCGUCCCGUCGACGGCGUGGAGGUGCCCGGCUGCGGGAAGAUUUUCGUGGAGUACGUCUCAGCAGCGGACUGUCAGAAGGCCAUGCAGGCGCUGACGGGCCGAAAAUUCGCCAACAGAGUGGUCGUCACCAAGUACUACGACCCAGACAUGUACCACAGGCACGAGUUCUGAUAAAACGCCAAGGACGUGGGGGGGGUGGGGGGUGUGGGGGGGGGAGUGUUGGGGAUGAGCGGGCACGGGAACAGUACAGGUCAAACCUGUAAAACAGCCUGGUCCUCCCUGGCCACGAGGUCCGGCCCUCUGUCCGGUGCAGAUUGAGUAUGUUCCCCUUUGUACAGCCUUCUGCUCCACACUUUUUUCCUCAUUUGCCCGUAGGCGUACGAAAACAAGAAAGAUUUUUGAAAACUUUUUUUUCUUCUUAAAGGGAUAGUUUUGCUUUUAUGGGGUUUUACAAAAAUAAUUUGUGUAUGUUUUUGACUAGCCCAGACAGUUUUUAUGUUGCUUAUAUGGAGACUACUAUGGCUGUGGGGGGGGGGGGGGCAUUUGGUGGGUUUGUGGUAUAAAUAAAGCAGAUUGAAUGCCAUUCUUUUUAAUAAUAAUCAGGUAAUGAAUGCACAUAAUACCUCUGGAGGCAUAACAUCACUGUGCAUUAUUGCUUUGGAGUUUCUUGGAAAAGUAUAUUCUUGCUUUAGACCAGAGGUCCUCAAUCUUACCCAGAAAGGGCCGGUGUGGGUGCAGGCUUUUGUUUCUACCAAGCAGUAACACACCUGCUUCUACUAAUCAAGGUCUUUAGCAAAUAAUCCAGUGGCGGACUCCUGCUUUAGACCAAGUACCUGCAAACGGCCCUGCGGCCAUUGUAAAGCUGUUAGGUCAUCAGAAACAUCUGUAAAUAUCUAUAAUAUCUUUCAUCUCACACUGAAGAUGCCUGGGCCAAUCAAAAACAAACCCUGAAACAAAAGUAAUAUAAAAAAACUACCAUUUUAAGAUAAUCUUUCCGCUUGUUUUACCAUCAACCUCGUGCUGUGACUGACCCAUAUUGGAAUGAAAAUGUAGAAAAAAAUAAUAUUGCUUUAUGCUGUCAACCUUAAAGUCGCAUUUCAAAUGGUUGCAUAUGUAUCCAACCCAAAAUAACUAUAAAAACCAGAGUUAUUUUAUAUUUCAGAGUACAAGAUACACAUAUUUAUUGAUUGGAUUUAGUCUUAGCACUUUAGUAGAACACAUGUGAGAAACAUUUUGAGAGUAAUUUCCUUUAAAUUUAGUUCCAUUUUAACUAAGCACUGUACAUUCAUUGUGUAAUAUGUUAAGAAAUGUAUGUAUGUAUGUAUGUGCAUUAUUGUUACUCUACCACUGACACUAAAUUGGUGUUGGAACUGAAGUAUGAGUUACAUUUUUGUGUAUAUCCCUUAAAAAGAGCAAUGCUCUAAAAAUA